AUUAAAAAAAUCUAGGUGUUUCUACUUAUGAUUAUCUUAUCAAGUAUCAAAUAGACGAUGAGUUUUUUUGAUUUGUACAUGUCAGUGAAUCAUUAUAAGAUUCAAAUAGAUAUGAACAAAGUGUAAAUGUUAGAUUUUCAAUAAUAUAGUAUGGCUUUUUAAUAAUGUAAUUAUGGCAUUUAAUAAAAUUGUAUUAUUGAUAAUAUGGUGCGAAUUACAAUUAAUAUGGUCGCAAACAACUAUACCAAAAUCACUCAGAGAAUGUUAUAGAAAUAAUGGAAUAUUAAAUCCCCGACUUCCAUUGAACUUGCGUAUAUUAGUAGACAUCAUACAGAAGAUGGAAAAACAAUCUUAUUCAAUAACAGAUAUGAGAAUAAUGUCUUCAUCAAUAUUACACAGAUUUAAGUUCGAUGGUGUUGAAUAUCAACAGAAUAUUCAAGUUACAGAAGAUGUACUUCCAUUCAGUGGGACUGGAACACAACAUAUUAAACAUGAAUUGAUAAAAGAAUUAGUUCCAGGAAAUACAAAAGCUUUGCCAGUUCAUAUACUUUCACAAGAAGAGCGAUGUAUGCUUCAUGAAGCUGUUUCAAAUACAAUUUUAGAACCUUACAAUAAAAGCAAACAUAAAUCAUGUAGUCAUAUCACAGAAAAACUAACAGGUAAUACUAUGUUUAAUGAUACAUGGAAUUGUCCAAGACAACAAGGAGUGGUUCUAACACAAUAUGGUACUAUUACUCCUGGUGCAAUUAUAGGAGCAAUUGCUGCAUCUCUCCAACAUCAAAAUGUUGCUGUAAAUCAAUUAAUCACAAGUUUGGAUAUACCUCCUUCAGAUACAUAUAGUUUACAAUUUAAUGAAGAAGAGGUCGAUUUUGUUCUUCCAAGAAGUCGAGCGAUUCAUAAACCAUUUAUGUGGUACAAUACUUUAAAUGUUUCAUCUAUGAAAAUUGAUAAUAUAUGGUUGGCAACAAUUGCAGGCGAAUUAGCGGAAAUGGUUGUGUACCAAGGACCUUUACUAGCAAAUAAUAUGACUCUCGGUGCAACAGGAUUCUGGCAAAGUAUGAUGCGUCCGACAAUUUAUUAUCUUACAAGUUUACAUAACAAUUUUGAUGCAACUCGAGCUGAAUUAAUAGGAGGCAUUGAUGGGAUGAUUAUUGCAACUUAUUUACCAACCUGGAUUCAGGACUUUUACAGCCUUCGACUUAGUCAAAUUUUGGAAAUGUAUUACUCAUAUGAAGGUGUCACGUUUAAUGCAAACGUGAAAGCUUGCGAUCGAGCACAAGCCUUUUUAUAUGCAGUGCCAAAGACUAUUUUAAAUGAACAGACUUAUGCCAUAGCUCAGAUGUUAGCUUAUCGUAAAAGCAUUGCGUAUAUUUCUCCUGAAGCAUUGCAACAACUGGUUGAUAUUGCAAUUGAAAAAUUUUAUUCUUAUGCAAGGAAUCAUUUGUUCCCUAAAUUACCUUGUCAUCAAAUAAAUCAACCUCAAGUAGAAGCACUGAUUGUAUUCGAUGGUGCAUGGACAAUAGAAUAUACAGUAGACUUUCUUUCAACUCUUAUACAAGAUUUGGAUGUAUCAAUGUAUGGGUCAAAAAUGGGAAUAAUACAUGGUACUUCAGGAGAAUGGUUGUUAAAUGUUACAAACAGUCCAUCAAUUGCGUUUCAAGCAUUAAACAAUUUUACUAAUACAACGUGUAAGAUUGAUUGUUUCAUAAAAAUAUUUAUUACUUUCUUUUAUGUGAUGGUGAAUAAUAUAUUUAUAGGGCCUACGAAAUUUAAUUAUACCCGAGUUUUGGAAACGGUAUCUAUUUACUUGAAAAGAACUUGGGAGUACAAUUACAAAAAUCAAAUAAUUGGAAAUUUUGGUCAGGUAGUUAUACUCUUAAUUCCAUUAGCUCACAUGUCCAAUAAUGAGAAAGAAUCAGUAAUAAUAUUAUUGCGUCAACUAAAACACGCUCAUCCAGAAGUUCAUUUUGUAUAUUAUGUAUCCCCAUAUAACGAAAAUUUAUUUGAAUCAUUUACUUUAUGGGAGGAAGAUUAUAUAAUAAAAAAUUCCAAUAUUGACACUAUUACUCAAUACGUAUCGAGAAUUCCACGAACACUACGACCUGCGACAAUUGCAGAUGUAAAUAUGAAUAAAAAUGUCAUUCCCCAAUGGGAGGAUUAUAUUAGUCCUUCAAAAUCUAUUACUUACAGAAUACAUUCACACUGGAAACGAAAUAUGAAAAAGAUAAUAGUUACGAUUCAUACCUUUGGCUAUGGUACAAUGAAUGCCUGUAUAUGGGUAGGAUUUGAACCUAAUGAUAAACAAAAUUUACAAUGUGCAGAAUUAUCUGGUUACAAAGAAGUUACAUUAACUGAUCACUUUAAAUGUACUAGUACUUCGUCUUGUCCUAAUUUUUAUCUUCGUACGCAAAACGUAACUUCUUUAUAUAAAUGUGCAGAAAUAGACUGUAAAACACCGGAUCAAGUAAGAUAUAUCAUAAGAACGAAUCAGCAAAAUGUUCAUUAUGAUAAUUCUGCGGAUAAAAAUGCAGUAUUGAUCUCAUUAAAUAUUUCAGCCUUAUUUGUAUUUCGAGUAUUCAUGUGAAAUUUAUUAUAUUUCAAGUUUUUCUGUGGAUACUUAUAAAAUUUUUUACUAUAAAAUUUAUACUAUUA